AAGUUAGGCUAUCUUGGAUAUUUGUAUACGAAACGCAAGUCCAACAAAAGUUCUAUCAUUUGGGAGUGCUCUAAUCGGUGUAAGUUUGCAUGCAAAGGAGUUCUACACACAGACAUUGACAGAACUGUAGUCAAAUUUGUAUCUGAGCAUUGUCAUGCUGCUGACAACAAGAUAAGUGUAGAGAAAGUGAGACACCAUAUCAAUUACCAAGCAGCAUCAUCUAGGGCAACACCAGCUCAGCUAGUUAUGGAUGAGUUGUCAAAGCAACCUCUAAAUGUUCGAGUCGAGAUGGCUAAUACUGAUUCUUUGAAGAGAAACAUCAGAAGGAAAAGAUGUAAAAAUUGUCCUUGAAUGGCUACACACCAAAUCCAACUGUUUUAAACAUGGACUUUGAGAUUGGUAUGAUGCUGCACGUGCUGUGUUUGGAGAAAACAUCACAAUUCAUGGCUGUUUUUAUCACCUUACACAAGCAUCAUGGAGAAAGUUACAAUCCCUGGGCCUUGCAUCUCUUUACUUAGAAGAUGAAGAAAUACAGCAUUUCUGUGGAAUGGUGGAUGGACUUGCUUUCCUUCCCCCGGAUAAGGUCACUGAAGGUAUGCAGUUGUUAAAGGACAACAUACCAGAGGUAUUAACUGACUUUGUUGACUACUUUGAUGUGACCUAUGUUAGUGGAACUUAUACACAUCAUGCAGCACAGAAUGACCAACAAAUCUUCAGGAGAAUGCCACCAACAUUCGGAAUAGACAUCUGGAACGUUCACCAACUUACGCUAAAUGGAGGAGCUAGAACUAACAACCUAUGUGAAUCCUGGAAUAGGAAGCAUCUCGAGAACGUAGGGCACACUAAUCCAUCAAUCUGGAAAGCCAUCGAUGGUAUCAAACGAGAUGAAGCGGCAUCAGCAACACUAAUAGAAUUGUUCAGGAGAGGACAACCAGUACCAGUAAGACGUAUCACAAAGGUGACAGUCAACCAUCAACAGCGACUUGUUAAUAUCAUCAGCAAAUAUAAUGACCGAACCAAGACAUUAGAAGAAACAAUCACUGCACUUGGUUAUAAUAUUCGAAUGAAAUAAGAAAAAGAAAAAUAAUUAAAUGGCAACUCAUAUUAAUUAGGUUGAAAAUUUAAAUAUACGCUACAAGUAUAUUAAUUAUUUUGAUAAAUUUUCAA